CCUCUCCCCCUCCCUCUCCUCCCCCUCGUCCAGUCUCUCCCUGCACUCCGGGUUCCAGGGCCGGGAGAAUCGCGGCGGAAUCGUGGCAGACGCGAAGAUGCGGGUGCUCGGGGCCGUGGGAGUCGCUGCGCUGCUGUGGGCGCUGCUGGCCGCGCUGGUGCCCGGCGGCGCGUCGGAGCUGGCGACGCUGGCGCAGGAGCAGGUCAAGCCCGAGUCCACCCUGCUGAGGCCAAAGGUGAUGAUCGCCCUGGUGGCUCGCAACGCGGAGCACAGCCUGCCACACUCCCUGGGCUGCAUCGACCGGCUGGACUACCCGAAGGAGCGCAUCGCGAUCUGGGCGGCAACGGACCAUAAUGUGGACAACACCACUGCCAUGUUGAGAGAAUGGCUGAAGAGAGCCCAGAGUGUCUACCACUACGUGGAGUGGAGACCCAUGGACGAGCCGAGGGCCUAUACAGACGAGUGGGGUCCAAAGCACUGGCCCCCCUCCAGGUUCAACCAUGUGAUGAAGCUGAGACAGGCGGCGCUGAAGACUGCGCGUGAACGAUGGGCCGACUACAUAUUGUUUGUCGACAGCGACAACCUGCUGACGAACCCUCGUGUGCUGAACCUGAUGAUGGCUGAGAACUUGACCCUGGUGGCUCCUAUGUUAGAGUCUCGCUCUCUCUACUCCAACUUCUGGUGCGGCAUCACCCCACAGGGCUACUAUAAACGAACCCAGGACUACCAGCCCAUCAGGGAGUGGAAGCGACUCGGCUGCUACCCUGUUCCCAUGGUGCACAGCACCUUCCUUUUAGACCUGCGUCGAGAAUCCAGCAGGGCCCUGACCUUCUACCCCCCUCACCCAGAUUACAGCUGGGCAUUCGAUGACAUCAUGGUGUUCGCUUUCUCCGCGCGUCAAACAGGUGUGCAGAUGUAUGUGUGUAACAGAGAACACUACGGGUUUCUGCCCGUCCCGCUCAAGGCACAGCAGAAUGUGGAAGAGGAAAAAGAGAGUUUCAUACACACAAUCACCGAGGCUUUGAUUGAAAACGACAUUGAGCCCUCUGAGCACCUGUACUCUUCACCAUCACCGCAGGACACGAUAGGCUUUGACAAAAUUUUCCUGAUCAACCUUAAGCGCCGGCUGGACAGAAGAACCCGGAUGUUAAAAUCAAUGGCCUCACUGGGUCUACAGGCGACGCUGACAGACGCAGUGGAUGGCAAGGCUCUGAAUACAUCCCAGUUGCAGGCAUUGGGAAUAGAGAUGAUGCCGGGCUACAAGGAUCCUUACUCUGGUCGAGUCCUGACCAGAGGGGAGAUUGGUUGCUUCCUUAGCCAUCACUCGAUAUGGACACAGAUGAUAGAGCGCGGCCUCCAGAAGGUUCUUGUUUUAGAGGACGAUGUGAGGUUCGAGCCCUGGUUCAAGCGGCGGCUAAAGGCCAUAAUGGGCGACAUCGAUAAGGCCCAGCUGGACUGGGACCUCAUCUAUGUUGGACGUAAGCGCAUGCAGGUGAUGCAGCCGGAGCAGUCGGUGGAAGGUGUGAACAACCUGGUUGCGGCCGACUACUCCUACUGGACCCUCGGCUACGCGCUUUCGCAGCAAGGGGCCAGGAAGUUGUUGGCCACAAAGCCGCUCACGAAGAUGCUGCCUGUCGACGAGUACCUGCCAGUCAUGUUCAACAAACACCCCAACACUCAGUUCAUGACGCACUUUGAGCCGCGGGACCUAAAGGCCUUCUCCGUUGAGCCGCUGCUCAUCUAUCCCACCCACUACACCGGAGAGCCGGGCUACAUCAGCGACACGGAGACCUCCACCAUCUGGGAUGAUGACGCCGUGGCAACAGACUGGGACCGGCAGCACGCGCGCAAGACGGCCCAGCAGGGUCACAUCGGCACUGUGGCGCAGAACAGCGUCACCGGAGACUCGCCGCCUCCCGCCUCUCGGGCGUCGCGUGACGAACUCUGAUGAAGAGCCCAGAGACUCAUAGAGAGACAGAGACUUGUGUUUAUGAAUAUACCGUGUACACAGUGAAUGUCAUGUGUACACACACUUGAAAGGAAAUUUGAACUACAAGCCAAAUAUUCUACCUUGCAUUUACACACACAAACACACACACACACACACACACACACACACACACACGCACACACUGGUAUCGGAUUGACAUGUCAGUCUACUCUGCUGCCUGAUGAGGGGACACUGAGGAGACAAAGGAAGAGGAAGAAGAGCAGAAUCUAGGACGAGGGCCAGCCGGCCUUUGACAAAAGCUUUAUUUAUCCCCCAUGUGCCCCUUCUGACGAUGUGCGGUUUGGAGGUAUGGCCUGAGAAAACUUAAGCAACACAUGGAAGAAAACUCAAUUUUCUGGACAUGAAACAUUCUCACAAAUCAGUUUUACUAUUGAUUCAGAAGAUCAUUGUUAUUUACAAAACUUACAAACUAAACAUGUGUUUCUUACUGGACAGGGAAUAAAGGAAUCUAAAUGCUGUCUGAAAACAACUCUGGAGUAUGUGCGUGUCCGUUUGUGUUUGUCAGUGUGCACAUGGGCAUAAAUAUGUAUAUUUGUACGACUCAUGGUGUUCAGCUAUACACUGAGAGAACGGUCCUUUCUUUCCAAGCAGCAGGGCAGUAAUGGAUGUUAUUAGGCCAAGCGUUUCUGUCAUUGCAGUUAUAUCACCUGCACAGCGGGCUGGUUCCUUCUAGGAAGCAUCUCAGAGCAGCAGUCAUAAAUAACAUGUAGCCUGUAGGGUGUGUAUGAUGUACAGUGUCAUCCACUUCGGUCCCCGGCCUUCCCAUUUCAUUUGUUUUAUGUUUUCUAAAAACUGGAUUAUUGAAAUCCCCCUGUCCUCGACACAGGCUGAACCAAUAAAACAACUUCUCCA